CUGACUGUCAUGUCUCAACUCGCUAAAAGUGAAAGAAACUGCUCACAGGUCAGCGAAGGGAAAAAGAAAGAUCUACAAAUAUUACCUCUGAGAAGAGAGUCCAUGACAGAAUACAAUGUCUGUUUUACCUCAGCUUCUGGAGACACUGGAGGAUCUAGAAAGUAAAAAACUGAAAAAGUUCAAAUGGCACUUAAAGCAUGAUAGUCUUGCUUCAACUGCUGAUGUGGAAAAGGCAGAUGUCUUUGACACAGUGGAUCAUAUGGUUGCCCGUUGUGGACCAGAGGGAGCUAUGGAGAUCACACUGAACAUCCUGAGAAAGAUGAAUGAAAAUCAUCUUGCUGAAUGCUUAGAGAACAAACUCAAAGAUCAACAAAAAUGCCCAGAGACCACAAAGAGACACCAUGAAAAACAAGUUGACAAAGCCCCCGGACAGAUUGACAGCAGCACUGAGACUGGAGUCAGUGUUGAUGUGAAAGCUGAAACAGGUGCAACUGUAAAUGCUCAUUUAUUGACUGGAAACACCUUCACAGGACAAGUAAACUUUUACAACUCAGCUGCUACAGGAAAAGAGACAGCAGAGAAGCAAAGAGAAGAACAAGGCUCAGUUACAGUGGACAGUAAGGCUGCUCUUCAUGAUUACACAGAGAAACUGAAAAACAAAUUAAACCAGGACUGUGAGCGGAUAUUGGUUGGUAAUUCACAGACCGGCCAUCAGAAAUACCUGAAUGAUAUUUACACUGAUCUAUAUGUGGUGCAGAAUGAGACUGGAGGAAGAGUGAAUGACCAUGAGGUGAGACAGAUCGAACUGAAUCUCAAACAGUCUAAUUGCAAGGAUACACCAAUCGAGUGCAGUAACAUUUUCAAAGUCAAUAUGGGUAGAAGAAACAGAAAGGUGCUGACGAUGGGGAUCGCAGGAGUGGGAAAAACAGUCUCUGUUAGUAAAUUCAUCCUUGACUGGGCUGAAGGAAAAGAAAAUCAGGACAUAUCCUUAAUUUUUCCUCUGCCGUUCCGUGAACUAAAUCUGAUCACACAGAAAUUGAGUCUCAUGGAGCUGCUUCACAAAUUCUGCUUCAGCAGUUCUGAACAACUGCCCUCUCUUCCUGAAGGUGAUGGUGAGGUCAUGUUCAUCUUUGAUGGGCUAGAUGAAUGUCGCUUCCCUUUGAGCUUUAAAAAAAAUGACAGCAUUACAAGUGUUCAUGAAAAAACAACAUUGAGUAAUAUGAUUACAAGCCUGAUCAAAACACAUCUUGUUCCCUCUGCUCUCAUCUGGAUCACAUCCAGACCAGCAGCAGCCAGUCUGAUACCCCGAGACUACAUUAAUCAGGUGACAGAGGUGCGAGGAUUCAAUGAUGAGCAAAAAGAGAAAUACUUCAAUAAAAACAGCAGUGCUGAGGUUGCUGGAAUCAUUAUCCGUCACAUCAGGAAAAUCAGGAGCCUGUACAUCAUGUGCCACAUCCCCGUCUUCUGCUGGAUCUCUCUCAAUGUUCUUCAGCCUCUACUGGAUCAAAAGGGCAAUGACAAAAUGCCCACAACUCUCACAGGGAUGUACAUAAACUUCUUAAUUUCUCAGCAGCAAAAGAUGGUAGAAAAAUACUGUGAUGACCCUGAAUCCAAAGACAAUGCAAUGUCUUUUGAUAAGAUUAUUCUGAAGCUUGGGGAGCUGGCGUUUAAACAGCUAGAGAAAGGACAUCUGAUUUUCUACAAAGAAGAUCUUGAGGAGUGUGGAUUAGAUGUCAGUGAUGGGUCUGUGUUUUCUGGGUUAUGCACUCAGAUUUUUCAUAAGGCCGUUUCAACAAGAAAUGUUUACAGCUUUGUACAUCUCAGCAUCCAAGAGUUCCUUGCUGGUCUCUAUGUGUUUUUGAUUUACAAAGAUGAGAAAGCAAACCCAUUUCUUCAAUCCAGGAAAGAAAAAGUUGCAUGGAAAUUCUCCAAAAAGCCACUGUUUCACCUUCACAAGGCUGCGAUCAACAAGGCCUUACAAAGUAAGAAUGGACACCUUGACCUUUUCCUCCGGUUCCUCUUGGGGCUUUCACUGGAGUCCAAUCAGCGUGACCUGACGGAACUACUGCCAAAACUGAAGCUUAAAACAGAGAAAAUUAAAUACACUGCUGAAUAUAUCAGAAAGAAAAUAGAGGAGGAGAACUCAGUAGAGAGGACCAUCAAUCUCUUCUACUGUCUGAGUGAACUGAAAGAUGACUACGUAGAGGAAAUCCAGAAGAAUUUCAGAACAGGAAAUCUUUCUGUAGAGAAUCUGUCCUCUGCUCAGUGGUCAGCUCUGGUGUUUGUGCUCCUGAUAUCAGAAGAAACACAAGAAAUAUUUGAGCUGCAGAAAUACGGAAGAUCUGAUGAAACACUGAUGAGACUGCUGCCAGUCAUCAAAAACACCAAAAGAGCGCUGCUACGUAACUGUAUGCUCACUAGUCAGUCCUGUGAAAGUUUGUCUUCAUCUCUGCAAUCAUCAAACUCAGCUCUGAGAGAGCUGGACCUUAGCUGUAAUGAGCUGCAGGAUUCUGGAGUGGAACUUCUCUCUGAUGGACUGAAGAGUCCAAACUGUCAGCUAGAGAUACUGAGACUGCCCAUAUGUAGCCUCACAGCUCAGUGCUGUAAAAGUUUGUCAUCAGCUCUACUGUCAUCUGUCAUUGGAGAGCUGGAUCUGAGUAACAAUGACCUGCAGGAUUCUGGAGUGAAGCUUCUCUCUGAUGGACUGAAGAGCUUACACUGUCAGCUAAAGAUACUGAGGUAA